AUGGAGAAGGCUGCGCUCAGAGGGAGAAGAGUGGGCGCUGGGCACCCGUUGACCGACUUUUCCAAGUGUGAUCAGCGCCCGCCCGUUCCGCAUCCAUGGACCCGCCCGAGGGCACCCACCAGGGAUCGAGGAGUCCGAGCGCUGGACCUUCCUGACUCGCCCUUGCGCAAACGGAAUGCGGGAGAGAAGGGGCCACAGGGCCGCUGCCAGGCAAGAGGGCGACUGGGCAGUAAAUCGGUACGGGGCACCUGGAGGCAGCAGCCCUCGGCAGGGACCAAGUCACUUCCCUCCUUCACUCCCCGUGGUGCCGUUGAACCCGGCGGGGCGCAGCUCUGCACAGUCUCAGCCUGCUGGGGCAGCUGCACCUGGGGCAAGGGAGACACAGUAGCGGCCUUCGUAGGCACGGCCAUGGAUGAACCGGGAAUGAGCCUCCUGGACCAGUCUGUGAUCAAGAAAGUCCCCAUGCCCUCCAAAGCCAGCAGCCUCUCAGCCCUCUCGCUGGCCAAAGAUGGUCUGGUUGGCGGCAUCACCAACCCCAGUGAAGUCUUCUGCUCCGUGCCUGGCCGGCUCUCAUUACUCAGCUCAACUUCCAAGUACAAGGUGACGGUGGGGGAGGUGCAGCGGCGACUCUCACCUCCUGAGUGCCUCAAUGCCUCCCUCCUGGGCGGUGUCCUCCGCAGGGCCAAGUCCAAGAAUGGGGGCCGGUGCCUGAGGGAACGGCUGGAGAAGAUUGGGCUCAACCUCCCAGCGGGCCGGCGGAAGGCUGCCAACGUGACAUUGUUGACUUCGCUGGUGGAGGGAGAGGCCGUGCACCUGGCCAGAGACUUCGGCUAUGUCUGUGAGACGGAGUUCCCAGCCAAGGCAGCCGCUGAGUACCUGUGCCGACAGCACGCUGACCCUGGGGAACUGCACAGCCGCAAGAGCAUGCUGCUCGCCGCCAAGCAGAUCUGCAAAGAGUUCGCAGACUUGAUGGCUCAGGACCGUUCCCCACUGGGCAACAGCCGCCCAGCACUCAUCCUGGAGCCCACAGUACAGAGCUGCCUGACACAUUUCAGCCUCAUCACCCACGGCUUUGGCGGGCCUGCCAUCUGUGCUGCCCUCACUGCCUUCCAGAACUACCUGCUGGAGUCACUCAAGGGGCUGGACAAGAUGUUUCUAAGCAGUGUGGGCAGCGGGCAUGGUGAAACCAAGGCUUCAGAGAAGGAUGCCAAGCAUCGAAAAUAACUACACUUCUCACCCUAUCCUUAAUCGGCUCCCAAACCCUGAAAAGAGCCCUUAGCUUCUGGGGUAAGCCAAGGACUAAAAGGUGGGAUUGGAGUCACGCCAGAGAGAGAGAGAGAGAUCAUUCAUCCAGCAAACCCAGUUAUGGAUCUGGACUGGAGUAAGGGAGGGUGGCCUUUCUGUGGCCCAGGUGUCUGUUUCACGUGUGCAGUUUUCUGACCUUUGCUGAGAAGGGCUUGGACAGGAAAUUGGCGUGGGCAAAGUUGCCUCAUGGGGAAAAGCCCUUGCCAUUGGGGUGCCUGGGCAGCCGUGGGCACUCCUAGGGCCAAGACUUUAACUGAUGGCAGGAAGGGCAUAACAAAUUAGAGGUGCUACUGAGGAGUUGGUGACCCUCAUCCCAGAGUCUCCUAUCCCCAGAAAAGGGUGCUGACAGGAGGUCCCAGUGGGCUCUUUGGACCCUUCCCACUCUUAGAGGGCAGGAGAGGCCCUCGAGGAACAAAGAAAAAGCACAAAUCACUGAACUUGAAUCACAGUCCUGUUGAUGUCUGUCCUAUUUAUUUGUGUAUGUUGUAAUUACAUUUGAAAGUUUAAAGAUGUCCAGCACAACUUCUUUAUCCCAAAGAGUUGGGGAUUUGUUUCAGUUUUCUGCUCAUGCACUGGGAUGCCCACAUGGACCAGAGUAGAGAGGGUGUUUUGCUCACAAAGGACUGUGGGUGGGCUGGGAGGGGUGUGUCUGGCAUCCUGGGCUGUCACCAGAAGUUUGUAUUGUUUCUCUUGACCCUGCAGUUGAUGUCCUUCAUCUCUCAAUUGCUCUCUCACUCCUAAU